AUGUUAACUGAGUUCUUUAGGAUGAACCGUGUAAACAAAAAAGCUCAGAGUCUCAAAUACUUGUAUAGAGAUUUUACUCAGCACUUUGUGUGGACACCUACUAAAAGAAACUGGACGGGAAAAAGCAAGCAAAAGGUUAUUGGCAGGUUAGUCACUGUUAAACCAAGCGAAGGUGAUAAGUAUUAUUUAAGACUUCUUCUCUCACGUGUUCGCGCUCCUACAUCCUUUGAUGACUUGUUAACAGUUAAUGGAUGUAAACUGAAUUCGUUUAGAGAGGCUGCUCUAGAGCUUGGCCUCUUAGAAUCUGAUUCUUACAUUGAGGCAACACUUGAAGAAGCUGCUAGUUUUCAGAUGCCUUCUUCGCUUAGAUUUUUAUUUGCUACUUUGCUGUUGCAUUGUGUGCCAGCAAAUCUAAGUCUUUUGUGGGAAAAAUUUGAACUGGAGCUUUCUAGAGACUUUGAGCGAGCGCAGGAGCAAAGUCAUUGUUCAGCUGCUGAAAUAAAACGGAAGCAUGACAAAGGAAGUGGACAGCGAAAGGAGUAUCGUGGUGUCACCAGAAGAUCUCUUAAUAGCUUCAAGACUGUUUUUUCGUCCAAAGGUCAGAGCAUUUUCAUUGAUGGUCCGGGGAAGGGGACGGGAAAAACAUUUUUAUAUCGUUCUCUUCUUGCGACUCUUAGAUCACAAGGAUACAUUGCAAUAGAUGUAGCGACUUUAGGAGUUGCAGCAUCACUUCUUCCUGGAGGAAGAACUGCUCACUCCAGAUUUAAAGUCCCAUUGGACUUUUCCAAGAAUAAAACCUGUCAAUUGAGAAAGCAAAGCAGCAUGGCACAAUUAAUCAUUGAAUGCAAGUUGUUCUUGUGGGAUGAAGCAUCAAUGGCAAAAAGAGAAAGCAUUGAAGCAUUUGAAGAAUUGCUGAAAGAUCUAAUGGAGACUGACGAAUCUUUUGGAGGCAAAGUUGUAGUUUUUGGGGGCGAUUUUCGCCAAACUCUUCCUGUUAUUCAAGGGGCUGCUAAGGACCAGUUAAUUCAGGCUAGCCUCCUACAUUCUUCGUUAUGGUCUAGGAUGCACAAAAUAAAGCUAACACAGAACAUGAGGGCUGUCUUAGAUCCUGCCUUUUCACAAUUCUUGCUUGCUAUUGGGGAAGGUGCAGAACCUGCUGAUGUAGAUAACCAGAUAUGUUUACCAAGUCAUAUGGUUAUAUCAUUCUACAAUCCUAAAGAUUCUUUUGACAGGAAUCUAAAUCCAGCUAAAGGAUUGUGCAAUGGAACAAGGCUUAUUUGUCGGCAGCUAAGACGGCACACUAUCUGUGCUGAGAUAGCUUUUGGUCAGCAUAAAGGGAAGAAGAUUUUCAUUCCCAGAAUCCCAUUGCAGACACCUGAUAAUGAAAGGAAUGGGAUUCCAUUCAUCAGGACACAAUUUCCAGUUCGCAUUUGUUUUGCGAUGACAAUUAACAAGGCUCAAGGCCAACUCUUGACUAUGUUGAAUCCUAUCUGCAAUAACACGACUCAUUUGUCCUCCAUCAUACUAAUUCUUUUUCAGGGAUCGAAAGUUGAAGGCAUCAUCUUCAAUGCUGAUAUUGCUAUAAUGAGCCCCAAAAUAGAGGUUUACAAAAAGUACCUUAUCUCCAAUGCUCAGGUGAAAAAGAUCCCUGAUCCCUUCAGAGCCACCGAUCUAGCAAAGCAAUGGAUAAUCACCAGUCGAAUAAUUAUUGAAGAAACUAUAGACGAAGAGGAUGUUAUAGCUGCAAAGUUUACAUAUACCAACUUUAGGGACUUGGCACAGUACAUGGAUCGAAAGGACAUUUCUAUUGGCCUUCUUCUGGCCAGACGAUACUGUGCAGGAUCCUCUUCUUCCUCAGUUUCUUCAUCACUAUCUUCAUCUGAUUCCUCAGUUGCUGGAGCCUUGCCUUUAUCCUUGGACUAA